AUGGGGCUUGAAAGGAGUACUGUGUCGUCUGUCGCUAUCCCUGUCGGUGUUGAUGUCGCUGUCACUGUCGAUGUUGCUGUCGAUGUCACUGUCGAUGUCACUGUCGAUGUCACUGUUGAUGUCACUGUUGAUGUCACUGUCGAUGUCACUGCCGGUGUCACUGCCGGUGUUGCUGUCACUUUUGAUGUCACUGUCAAGGUCGACGUCGCUGUCACGACAAUAAAUUCCUUGACCAUAGCAGCCAUAUUUUCAUUCUGA